UCCCCCUCCUACCUGUUUUUUUCGACCCGAAUCAAAGACAAAAAGAAAAGGGGAAGAAAGUCGACGGUAAAAAUAUCCACCUUGCCUCUUUCUCCCUCUUCUUAUUCGGUGAGCUGUCAACCUGUACGAGCAGAACUCAGGUACCAUACGGAGUACAAAAAUUGCCUUUUGCCCCACAAGAUAAUUUACCCCUCCACCUUGCGUCUCCAACUUGGGCCCCGCCAUCAUUAUCUAUCCUUAUUUACAGCAUUGCGAAUUCUGCUUUCCCAAAGAGCCGGAGCUUCUACUCCGUACAGGCUGCUUAAUUUAGUCUCUGAGCAUCACUGAACUAAAGAAGAGGCCAGCCGGGACGAAAAGAAGAAUCAAUCAUUGAAUCAUACCCUCACCGCCAUUCUCCCUCUUAUCUCUAUUGAUUUGACACGCCUUUACCCAGGCCAUCAUGUCGGACCACCAAUACAAAUUCGACGUCACCAUGAGCUGCGGUGGCUGCUCCGGAGCCGUGGAACGAGUCCUUAAGAGACUUGAAGGUGUCAAGUCUUUCGAUGUGAGCCUGGAGUCGCAAACUGCGACUGUUGUGACGGACUCCUCCGUGUCCUACGAGACCGUGUUAGCGACGAUCAAGAAGACCGGGAAAGCAGUCACCGGUGGUAAUGCGGAUGGGCAGCCCCAGAGUGUCUGAACGUGUCAUUUAGCGAGAAAUAGAGGUCAAUAGGUGACAGUGGUUCUCGGGAAUGGUCUUGAUUGGGACGGACUGCACUUUCAUUUUUUUCUCGGCUUGCUUUUCAUCUUAGACGUUCUCUUUUCCCGGGUCAACACCUGCGAACAAGAUCUGUUUUAUGAACUAGUCAUACACGCCAAUAACGUCAUGGAGGGCAGUAGGCCUUCUCGACCUAUUACUUGUAUUG